CUUAACAUUACUGCUAUUAUGACUGAUAUUCAUCAUGACCUACCUCCUUCUUGGGAAAUGUUAUACAUAGGCAGUUGCUUUGAAUUUAUGGGUGAACAAGUCGGGAAAAGUUCUUCUGUCCAUAGAUUGUAUAAGUCUGUGGCUCCAAUGUGCUUGCAUGCUUAUACUGUUUCAUAUUCGGGUGCUCAAAAGCUUUUAGAACUGCUUGAUCCUGAAGUUCCAUUUGGGGCGGUUGAUUCUUCUCUCUCAGUAGUAGUUAGAGAUAGGAAAGUCUCUUCAUAUAGCGUUCAUCCACAACCUAUCGUGCAAUGA